AUGGAGUUGACCAGAAGGUGUUGGUCUCACCGGCCACACAUCAGCUCUACAGACGUCGUGAUUGCCUGUUUCUUCCUCUACAAGUCCUCGGAGACCCUGCUUCAGACGGCCACCCGGAUCCAUCUGAUCCGACUCAUCUGCCUCGGUGAGACGGCCCACCUUCUCGCCACUCCGCCUGGAGACGCGAUUCCGGGCCCAGGCAACAAUGCAACCGGCCUGGAUACAUUGAUUCCCGCAGCCCGACUGCUUGGCUUCUGCGAUCAGCUUGCCAAUCAGUUGACCGAGUCCGGCGGUCUGUUGCAGACCGAUGAAGGUCUAGUAACCUCUCUGCUGCUGCCGUUAGAGCGGCUGGUACAGAUGAAGGCUUCGGCCUACCUGACGGCCUAUCGGGUUCUGCUGAACGCACCAGCCGCCGUCAUCUGCCUCUGCUUCGGCCGUCUGUCCGACCACUUCGGCCGGAGGCUCAUCAUCCUGUUGCCCUGUUUCGGCGGCAUUCUCGCCUGCAUCCUCUUCGCCUGCUCCCUUUCGCCGGCCGCUCGGAGUCUGGCGGCUCUGGCAGAUGAGUCCAACGACCGAGGAGGCCAUGCAGAAGCCGAGACAGGCGUCUUCCUGGCAAAGAUGCUUGUGCUGCUGGGUGCUCUGGUCUACGGCAUUUGUGGGAAAAGCAGUUCCGUGAGCAUGGGCUCCAGUAGUUACAUCACCGACACCAGUCAACAGGCUCAGCGAACUCGACUGCUCUCACGCCUGAUGGGCGCCAACUGCCUCGGCCUCUGCUGUGGCGCUCUGUUGCUGGCGCUGUUCGCUCGGCUCGCCAGCUACACCGAAGUGGUCAUCUUCUCGGCAGCAGCAAAUGGAUUGGUCGUCGUCACGGCCCUCUUUGCGGUCGCCGAGACCCGGGGCCCAUUUGGCUAUCUACAGACUGGAGACGACGAACCGGCGGAAAAGGACACGAUGGAUACGUACGCUCAAUUGCCAGGGCUCAACUGUCCGGCUCCCGAAACGCAAGCGUCAUCGUCAAGCUUGCGAUCGCGCGGCUGGACUCUGCUGAUCUUGGUCUGUUAUCCAGUCAGGCAACUCGUGAGCUCCUUCACCAGCCUCCUACAACUUCGUGAGGCGCGUGGACGCCUCUUUCUCUUCUUCCUGCUUGCCAUGGUUCUUUUCAAUCAGGUCACCAAGGCCGGCGAACAGGAUGCCCUUUUGCUCUACUCUACAGGCCGCCCACUCGCCUGGCCAGCCGUUGUCUACGGUGCUUACCUGGCCGUCUAUUACGGCUGUAUGUCGGUGGUUCUGCUCGUUCUCCAACCGAUGGUGGAGCAUUUUUUCGGCCCUCGAGACACCACACUCAUCCUCUUGGGUAUCAGUCUGAAGACGGCUCGUCUCCUGGUCACUGGGUUGAGUGUCAGUAUGCCGCUUCUCUUCACCUUCGCGGUACUAGGCUCUGCGGCAGGCUUCAUCAUCUCAGCUGUCAAGUCGUUGAUCAGCAAACUGGUGGCAGCAACUGAGGUGGGCGCUGUUUUUGCGUUGGUCGCUUGCCUCGAGACUUUGGCCAACUUGAUCGGUGGCAGCUUCUUCUCGGCCGUCUACGCUGCCACUGUGGCCCAGUCGCCUGGCGCCGUGUUUCUCAUGGACGCCGGUAUGCAUGUCGUCGCGGCCGGCCUCUACGUCUGGUUGAGGCUGGCCUUGCGCCGUUCGAGUCUGACUCAACUGGAAAACAUUGACGGCUCGUCAGGCGCAGACGGCAAAUUGGAAGGCGGGAAGACCGUCAAAGGUGAGGAUUGUCAAGCGGUGGGCGGCAAGAUUUCUGGACGGAACGAAGCAACAGACAAAGUGGGAGAUGGACCAUUGGCGGAGCAACAACUCUGGCCUCAACAGAAGCUGGGGAGACUCAAAACCCUCAUUCGGGAGGGAUGUCGAGGACCGAUGAAUUUGUCAAGAAAGGUUCACCUGCCUCGAGUGCUCGGCAUGGCCGACAUGAGAGUCCACCUGGUGCCCGAGACUGCGUCGACCUGUUCAUUCGGUGAGUUGAUGGAGCGCGAACGAGCCCGUGAUCGGAAUGCCGAGGCUGACAAUUUCGCCAGAUUCUCGAGGCAAAAUGAAGGGAUUGGAGCCAAGUUGAAACCGUUGAAAAGUGCCAACUGA